GUCGUUAGGUCUGGAAGCAGAUGCCCAGGGUGUGUCUGGCUCACACUCAAGGUUGCAUAAGCAAGAUUUCAAAAUUACUCCUACUCGGGAGACCUCAAACAAGUGUAUAACCUUCCUGGCUGGAAAAGAAGAACUAUAUUAUCUGAAUUUUUUUUUUUUUUUUUCAUAUCUUUAGCAUCACUUGCCCUUGUAUCUCCGCCUUCUUUUUCUGCAGGAAACUUGAUUUCCUACUUCUGCACACCAAAUUUCUACCUCCACAUCUGCUGGGUUCAGUUACCGAGAAGCCUGACACACCAGUGGCGCCUGGAAAAAACUGUCACCGGGUUGAGCAAGAUGGAACAUCAAACGUCGAGUCCCAUGUACGAUUACAUCGAUUACAGUGCAUCGGAGCCCUGCCAAAAACUGGACUUGAAGCAAAUCGCAGCCCAGCUCCUGCCCCCGCUCUACUCCCUGGUGUUCAUAUUUGGUUUCGUGGGCAACAUGCUGGUCGUCCUCACCCUGAUAAACUGCAAAAAGCUGAAGAGCAUGACUGACAUCUACCUGCUCAAUUUGGCCAUCUCUGACCUGCUGUUUCUUCUUACCCUCCCGUUCUGGGCCUACCAUGCUGCAAAUGGAUGGGUCUUCGGGAAUUCAGCAUGUAAAUUAUUCACUGGGCUGUAUCACACUGGCUAUUUUGGUGGAAUCUUCUUCAUCAUCCUCCUGACAAUUGAUAGGUACCUGGCGAUCGUCCAUGCUGUGUUUGCUUUAAAAGCCAGGACGGUCACCUUUGGGGUGGUGACAAGUGGGGUCAGCUGGGUGGUGGUUGUGCUUGUCUCUUUACCAGGAAUCAUCUUUACCAGAACCCAACAAGAAGAGUCUCAUCAUAUUUGCGGCCCUGCUUUUCCAGUAAAAUGGAAGAAUCUCCAUACGAUUAUGAGGAAUAUCUUGAGCCUGGUGCUGCCACUACUUGUCAUGGUCAUCUGCUACUCGGGAAUCCUGAAAACCCUCCUUCGGUGUCGAAACGAGAAGAAGAAGCACAAGGCCGUAAGGCUCAUCUUUACCAUCAUGAUUGUCUACUUCCUUUUCUGGGCUCCCUACAACAUUGUCCUUGACCUGACCACCUUCCAGGAGUUCUUUGGCCUGGAUAAUUGCGAUAGCUCUAACAGGCUGGACCAAGCCAUGCAGGUGACGGAGACUCUUGGGAUGACACACUGCUGCAUCAACCCCAUCAUCUAUGCCUUCGUCGGGGAGAAGUUCAGAAGGUAUAUCUCAGUGUUCUUCCGAAAGCACAUUGCCAAACACCUCUGCAAACAAUGUCCAGUGUUCUAUGGGGAGACAGCAGAUAGGGUGAGUUCAACCUACACCCCAUCCACUGGGGAGCAGGAAGUCUCGGCCGGUUUAUGAAAUGAGGAGCCAUUUGCUUGUUACUUUUAAAAGGAAAAAAAUAAACUGCCCUUGAGGAAAUCAAUCUGUGUAUAAUAACAAUCCUUAAGGGUUUGUCGAAGAAUAAAAACGUGUGAAGCAGGUGCCCUGGAACCUCUGAGUUGUAUGUCCCAAGACAGACUCAUGACACACCUUGUAUAUAUAGCAUAUGCUCAGGGAAUAUUCCAGAACAAUCCCACGUAGAGGCUUUGACUCUCCAGCAAGCUCACCUCGGUUCCUGGAUGAUGCUGCAUCCCCUGUGUUUAUGCUUUUUCCAGCCCACACCAUUUCAUCGUUCUGUAUCUGUUUCUAUCAAUCUCUUGUAAUCAAGGGUCCAGUUGGAAGAGAAGAGGAGACGGAGAAAGCCACAGGGUGAAUGGGAAUGAGGGUGACUGGGUCAGGGCCAAGUGCAAGAAGGUGGGAGACGUGAGCACGGCUGAGCCUGGGCAAGUAUGAAGGUAAGGGCUUCACUCACACAACCAACCAGGAAGCGGUACCGACCCUCAGCCUCAUCUCCCACCUGUAGUUAACUUUGUAGACUUUGCCAGGUCAUGGAGAGCUUGGGAACUGUAUUAACUUUCCUGGAAUUUUGGUUGGGUCUGAUGAACUUCUUGUGUGUAAGUGCAUGACACACUUUUGCUUUCCUACCUUUUAUUUAUGACAAUCAUGAGUUGGAAUCAACUUGAUGGCAACUGAUCUGGUUUACUGGUUUCAUGACAACCACACACUCUACAUUUGAAAUCUGUUAAAUGCCCUGUCCCAUUACUCACAUAUAUUUUAGGCCUUAUCCCCCUAUAGAAAAAUUUAUGUCAAAUUUUUGUUUAUAAAAUAUUGCAUAAUCUAUGAUCAACUGAAAAACAAAACAAAAUAAAAACA